AUGAAUCCCUCAUUCUCCCACCUCACUUUGCUAUUCUCUAACAUAUCGGUAACAGAUAAUGUGUACUAUAUUGAGAUCUACUUGAUUCUUGUCUCUUACGCUUCAAAAACCAACAUAACCAGCCUCUCCCGCACACGAAUCACCCCUCAAAACCACCACCAUGGACCUCCCACCCAAGCGACCCCAUCUCUCCUUCACAGAGCUCACCAACGACUACGACACCGAUUCCUCCUCCUCCGAAGCCCCAACACCACCCAGCAAAAUCCCAUUGAGUACACCAACGAAGAUGACCACCCGGUCGACCUCCAAGAAGCGCGCUUCCACAAUGACCAACGACUAAAGUCCAUCUUCGAGGGGAUCUUCGAAAAGUAUGAAAAGGACUUCACGGACGUCGGGGACGAGAUCGAUCUCGAGUCGGGGUCGAUCUUGGUGAAUAAUGGGCAUAUUGCGACGAUGGAUGGGGAGGGAGAUACUGGUGAGCGUGGGUUUUGGUUGUUUGAUAAGGAGGAGCUGGGGGAGGAGGGAGGGGUUGAGGGUGAGGAUUAUGAAGAUGAUGAUGAUGGAUCUGCGGGUGUCGUUGAGGUUCCAGAUACUUUGGAGAGGGAGUCUGAUGGGGAUGAGGAUCUUGCGAUAGGGGAUAAUGAGGGGAUACGGUCCCCGAAUCUGCCGUAUACGGAUCGAUCAUACAACUUUGAUGGGCAGUCGGAGCGCCCAGAAGACGAGGUAGCCCAUGGCGCGGACUCUGAAGUCGAGGACGACCACGGCGAUCAAGAAAGUGUGCAUUCCUUCUUGGACGAGCAAGGCAAGAACAACCGUGGCGGAGACGCAGCCUACCCACCUGCCGCUGGAAAAGGCAACAACUCCUCGACGGAAACACCCCUCCCACCCCAGAGCGCAUCGGCUCGGACGGCAGCAACAGCAACAGAUCCCAAAUGGCACUUCCCCGAAAUCAGCAAGAGACUCUGGACACCACCCGCCCAUAAACCGCGCCCACCUCCCACCCCCAUCAACGCCAUCCGGUCAGCGUCUCCACCGGGAUCAGGUUCUCUCUGGGCUCUACCGGGGAAGAGGACGCGAAACACAAACAGCACGAAAAAGAAACCUUCGACCAUGGCUAGCCAGCGGAAGCGGAAGCGUCACUCGAGUCCUGUUGUCUGCGACUGGUCUUUUGCGAAGACACCUGACGGUAGCGAGUCUGAUGAUCCGUUGCAGGAGGAUUACGAGCCUUCGCCUACGCCGAGGAAGGGUGUUCCCAUUCGGGGGAAGCGUCGGAAGGUUGAGGAUUUAGUCCGAGUGGAGGAUGUGUCCAUUGGGACAGAGUAUUCCCCUGGUGACGAUCGGGUGCAUGUCGGCACCGCGCAAUCGCAGUCGCCUGGAGACGGAGACCGGGACGGUUCAUUUGAGACGCCGCGGCCAGUGCGCACAGCGUCUACGAAUAUUGCGCUCGAUUCAGAACCUAAUGAACCAUCUAACAACGAUAAGAUACACAAUUCCGCAGACACAGGAGACGAUUUCAGGCGCUCGCCAGCAGCUCAAAGUCCUACUACCCCCAUACAGAGACGCAAGAUCACACCAGACGAAGCCAAGUUGCUUGUCACAAUGCGACAAAUCCAAGGGAAACGGUGGAAAGAAAUCCGAAGUCAUAUCCCAGACAAGAAAGAGGUCCUGCUCAGCAAAUGGUUCGGUUCGCACUGGACGGAUCGUCUAAUGAAUCCACUUCCGUUGUCUGCGCCUUGGUCCAAGUCGGAGCAAGCGAAGCUUGACAGCCUUAAGGACCAACCGGGUCUCACAUGGGAUGCAAUUCGUGCGAGCAUCCCGGGGCGACCGUUUGCGGAGGUUGAAUUUGAGUUAUUGCGAUGCUGGGUUGGAGAGGAUGGACGGGAUGGUACUCAAUAAUGAAUGCUCGGUGAAUUAUAACACUGGUCACACAUAAAGCUGAGUCAAGCCAUCCGCGGGGGUCUUGGAAAAGACCUUGUGAAUAUAUCUGAAUCCUAUUGCCAUUACCCGAAUCGCUUGUGUGAUGGUCAUUCUAUUCCGAGCUUCCAGUGCUCGUCAGUUGGCUUGGAAGGCGGACACCCAUAUUUUGCGGGAAGCAAUCUGAUCCGAGGGAUCUCAGACCAAUUGGCGAGGGUGCAUCAUCCCAUUGAAGGCGUCACCAGAGUCCCCCAGGAAGCAAGAGGAGCUUCCCCAUGUACCCAUGGUCACGGUGUACUGUCUGAUGAUCGACAUCAUGAGCUGUCUACCGCGUUCAGAACGUCUUCCAGUUUUGUAUCAACGGCCCCUCCGACAUUACCAGCCUUAGCCCAGAACCGAG